ACUGACGUUCGCCAAGAGCGAGGUCACCGAAGUGCCGCAGUGCGUCCGGGCGUUAUGAUGUUGUGUUUCGUGUGUGUUUUUAAAGCUUCUUUAUGAUGUGAUGUGGAUUUCUCGCUCGUGCUAAUGAUCUUUGUAUCAUGACAAUCAGCAUGUGUGAUUCCUCAAGAAAUCCACAAACCAUGGCGCAGGAGAAUGAUGAUAUUAACUUAACCCCUCAAGAACUGCAGGUGCUCUCCGAACUUGACAGUCGUCUCUUCGGAUUCUUAAAGUUGAAUGCACCCGAACAUGCAAAAACCAAGGCAUUGGUAUCAAAGGCUAUCAAGUAUUUGCAACGGAUGCUUGUUCAGGCUCAAAAUGACAAGAUGCAAACUGAAUUUAAAAAGCCUUCAGCACCUAAAAGGAAGAAAAAAGAUCCGAAUAAAAUUGCCAAGAGGGAAACGGAGGUAAAUGUAUCAGUUGGUGAUAACAAGACUGUACCACCUCAAGGUGUACCAGAUAAAAAAGAUAUAACCGAAAGUUCUGACAAGAAGGUUGAAGAGAGUGCAUCUACAGAGCCGAAGGAAAACGUUCAGAAAGAGAGCCCAGAAACUCCUCAAAGCAGCGGCAGUGGCGAUACUGUUGAGAAGCUCGAUCUUGCUGUUGUGAAAAUUGAGAAUGUAGACGAUUGUAUCUCAGAGGAAACAAGUAAAGAAAAGGAGGAGAUGGAUGUUGAUCCUGUAAGCAAGGAAAGGGAAACAAAUGAGAAAGAGGGUGACAGUGUAGCUGAGGGAUCUGAGCAGUUGGAAGGAAGUGAUAAGGCAGAUUGUAUAGUGAAGAAAGAAGAACAGGGUGAAACAUCAAACCCAACUCAAGAAUGUGAAAGCAAUGUUGGUGACCCAACUACCCAGGACUGUGAUAGCACUGAUGCUGCUGCUCCUGACCACGAUGAAAAUGAAGAGGAAGCUGAUGGAGAUGUCGAUGAGGAUGAUGAAGAAGAUGAGGAUUUAAAAAGACUGAGCGAAAGUGACAAAAACAUAAACAUCGAUCCGAAGACGUAUUGUAAACUGGGUCAUUUCCACCUUCUUCUUGAAGAUUAUCCUAAAGCUCUGUCAGCGUAUCAGCGAUUUUUUUAUCUGAAAACUGAUCACUGGAAGGAUCCCACAUUCCUGUACGGCCUCGGAUUAGUCUACUUCCACUACAAUGCGUUUCAGUGGGCCGUGAGGGCGUUCCAGCAAGUGCUCUACGUGGACCCCGUCUUCCAGCGAGCCAACGAAGUGCACCUGCGCCUGGGGUUGAUGUUCAAGGUGAACAACGACCCCGAGACAGCGUUGAAGCAUCUCAAGCUCUCGUACGUGGACGCGUCGCCCAGCACCUUCUGCAAACUAGAGAUUCAAUUCCACAUCGCUCACUUGUAUGAGGUUCAGAAGAAGCAUAAACUUGCGAAGGAACUCUAUGAGCAGUUGUUGAAGGAGAAGGACCUCCCAUUACAUUUGAAGGCUGACAUCUACAGGCAGCUAGGAUGGAUGUAUCACAAUGUGGAAGCGUUUGGAAGUAAAAAUGAGCGCAUGACAUUGGCUAUACGCUGUUUAGAAAAAUCUCGUGAAGCUGACAGCAAUUCUGGCCAAACAUUAUAUCUAUUAGGAAGGUGUUAUGCUACAAUUGGCAAAGCUGAUCAUGCCUUUGAUGCUUACCGGAAUGUAGUAGAGAAGACAACUCCAACUGCUGAUGUUUGGUGCUCUAUAGGAGUGCUUUACCAACAGCAAAAGCAGUACGUGGACGCUCUACAGGCAUAUGUGUGUGCUGUCCAGCUAGACAAGUGUCAUUCUGCCUCUUGGAUAAAUUUAGGGAUCUUGUACGAGAGUUGUAGCCAGCUGAAAGACGCCUUAGCCUGCUACAUUCAUUCUGUGCGUGCAAGCAAAGAGAAGGCAGCUGGUGCUGGAACUAGCUCUUCAGAACCAGGUCCGUUGAAACCCUGGCAUAUCAGUGCUCGUCCUCAGAACACUGAAACUCCAAACUCUGAUAUUAGCCAGCGCAUUAGUUUUCUUCAGACACAACUGGCAAAAACUCCAAUGCCUAGCAUUACCAGCAAGGCCGAGCUGCCCACAAUCGAGGAGGCCUGGAACACUCCUGUUGUAAGUGACUGGAAUUCAAAACACCAGCCGCAACAGAAGCGUCAUCCAGGCAUGGCUCAACAGGGUGGGCCUAAGCCAAACCAUUACGUCAAUGGAGUGAACGGAGGGGCUGUACCUCCCCCACCAUACCCUGGUGGCGUUCCUGGCCCAAAUGCAAAGAGAUUCAAGCCCAAUGGAGAAGUGGACAAUGGAAUGGUUGGAGCGCGGCCGCCCCAGGCACAACAAGCACAGCAGCUCCCUCCGUACUACUUGAACCAGCAACAAAUUCAGAUGCUGCAAUUCUUCCAGGCCAAUGUUGAGACUCUGAAUCCUCAGCAGACGGCACAAAUGCAACAGUUGCAGCACCAUUUCCGAUUGAUGCAGCAGCAUCAGCAGCAGCUGCGAUUGCAACAGCAGCAGCUACGUGCUGGAGCUGCUCAGCCACAAGCGCAAGUGGCCAGGCCACCUCAGCAGCCUUUGCAGCAACCUGCUGUGAAAACUGGCCCUCCUCAAGCAACUGGUGUAGCACCUCAAUCUGGCUUUGCUGAAACAAGUAGCACUUUUGCUGCAACAGCAAAUAGUCAACCUGGCAUGCCAUACCAGCAGUACCAACAGUCAGCACAACAACUCCCACAAACACAACAGCCUCAGCCUCAACCUCAACAGCAGCAGUUUUCUGGCUUCAAUCAGAACCAAUAUCCUCAAAAUAACCAAAAUAAGGCUCAUGGAACAACUGGAAAUUAUGAUCUCUCUGAUCAGGAUCUUCAGGCAUUUUUCUCACCGAAAGAUAUUACUGCAUCUCUUGCAGAGGAUCUGCUGAAACAGUUUGGUUCAGGAAGUGAGGGAGAAGAAUCCAUGGAUACUUCUGGUGGUGCACAGACACUAAGCUCGGGCCCCUUUUCUCCUACAAAUCUACUAGGAGGAGAUUCCAACUCUGUGACUGUUAAAGAUGAAAAACAAGAUUCAUGCAGCAGAAGUGCUGCAGCAAACAAAGCAGCGGCAGCUUCCGCAAGUUUAAGACAAGAAAAACCUUUAUCUCGCUGUAUAUACAAAACAAAUACAAACAAAGUAAGAAGUGUUAGUGGAGAAGAGUACCUGGCCCAUGACAUCAAGAAAGAAGCUUCUAGUUUGGAAAUGGCCAACAUAUCGGCUAAAACUGAAAUUGAGCUGUCAUAUGAAAGUGACUCAAAGACCAUCUUGGCAAGUGUAAAAGGUCAAAGGCUAGAGAAUUUAGCUGCUUGCAGCAUUCUGUCAGUGAAUGCUCCCCCUCCACAGCCUCCUGAGCCACCACCACAGAAACUGACUCGAGAACAAUUAAAUCCACCUACUCCGUCAGUCUAUCUUGAAUGUAAGAAGGACGCCUUUAGUCCACAGUUGCAAGAUUUCUGUCUCCGGAAUCCCAUUGCAGUUGUAAGAGGCCUUGCUACAGCGCUGAAGCUUGAUCUGGGUCUCUUCUCAACAAAGACUUUAGUAGAAGCUAAUCCAGACCAUGGUAUUGAAGUUAGAUCUCAAAUGCAGCAAGCUCCUGAUGAAAACCGUGAUCCCACCCUCGGAACUAGAGUGUGGUCCUGUAUUUCUCACCGCUCUCACACUUCAAUUGCUAAAUAUGCACAAUACCAAGCAUCUUCAUUUCAAGAUUCUCUGAAGGAGGAGCAAGAAAAGACCACAGGUGUUCACUGCAGCAAUUUGUCAGACUCUGAUUCUAAGGAUUCAACUGGAAAUGUUGUGAAGCGGAAGCUCAAAAAUGGGGUUCAUCCCAACAACAAAGUUGCUGCUAAUGGCUGCAAAAUGAUCAAAUUUGGUACCAACGUUGAUUUAUCUGAUGAGCGAAAAUGGAAAUUUCAACUCCAAGAACUUACCAAACUGCCAGCAUUUGCAAGAGUGGUGUCAGCGGGAAACAUGCUAUCCCAUGUCGGUCAUGUCAUUCUUGGCAUGAAUACAGUUCAGUUGUACAUGAAAGUCCCAGGAAGUCGCACUCCAGGGCACCAAGAGAACAAUAACUUUUGUUCUAUUAACAUAAACAUAGGCCCUGGUGACUGUGAAUGGUUUGCUGUUCCUGAUGCGUACUGGGGUGCACUAAAUAAUCUUUGUGAAAAAAAUAACAUGAAUUACCUGCACGGUUCCUGGUGGCCACUCCUAGAAGAUCUCUACGAAGCAAAUGUUCCUGUUUAUCGCUUCCAUCAAAGGCCUGGAGACUUAGUGUGGGUCAACUCAGGUUGUGUGCACUGGGUGCAAGCGGUAGGCUGGUGUAAUAACAUUGCCUGGAAUGUUGGACCUUUAACAGCAAGACAGUAUCAACUUGCCAUAGAACGAUAUGAAUGGAAUAAGCUACAGAGCUACAAGAGUAUUGUACCAAUGGUGCAUCUUUCAUGGAAUCUGGCUAGAAACAUCAAAGUUGCUGAUCCUAAACUUUUUGAAAUAAUCAAGAACUGCCUUAUGCGUACGCUACAUCACUGUGCACUGGUUUUGGAAUUUGUGGAGUCAAAAGGUGUUGAAGUUAGAUUUCAUGGUCGUGCAAAGAAUGAAGCUUCUCACUAUUGCGGCCAGUGUGAGGUUGAGGUCUUCAAUAUACUAUUUGUAAGGGAACAGGAGAAACGGCAUGUAGUCCAUUGCAUGGACUGUGCCCGCAAGCAGUCACCAUCUCUUGAAGGAUUUGUUUGUCUUGAGGAGUACAGAAUGUCAGAUCUGUGCAAUGUUUAUGACCAAUUUAAAAUAGCACCUGUGCAUCAAGCUCAGGCCUUGCCGAGUACUUGAUGUCAGGCUGGUGCAGAAGGGCUGUACCUGUCUGCACCAUGCUCAGCUCUUUUAUCUUCUCCUCUCCCAUGGCCUGACCCACCCACCCCUCCAUUUUAGAGUGUUAUCAGCACUCAUGAACCACUGCCCGGAGGAGGAGGCGCCUUGUGUAUUUAUUGGCUAUUUAAUUUAUAUAUGUACAUAUAGAGAGAUUUAUUUGAACACUGUUAAUUACUUAUGUUAGGAGUGUUACUGUUGUUGAAGGCUUCUCCUCUGAAAAAAUUGUGAUGUUUGUCACUUGGACCCUGCUGGCAGGCGUAUGCUACGUCCCACCUGCCACAAUUUUUGAUUGAUUGUGGUGUGGGAUAGUGUGGAAAAAUAAGCACCUACCAUGAGCCCACCAACACUGCUGUGACGGGUGAAUUCACCCAAAGUUGAUUUUGGAAACUUUCUUCUGAAAAAGUGAUCUCAUUCCAAGUUAAUUCUUAUCGCCAGUUUGGUGUUGCUGUUGCUGGUGGUCUUGUUAUUCUUGUUACCAGUCCAUUCUCUAAAAUUUAUAUUACUUUGUACACAUACCAUUUAUAUAAUGUAUGUAUGUAUCUGAAUUAGUUAUUUCCCAGAUGUGUAAAUAUUACAUAUAUCUAUAAAUAUAUUGAAAAGAUUUUGUACAUAUUAACCUAUUGUGUAUAUAUAUACAUAAAAAUUUGAUAUAGUCUGUUUUAAGAUGAUGAGUUUUUCUUUGUUUGUUUGUUUUUUUUUUAAAAUUAUGCUGUGCACUUAAUCAUUUCAGUGCACCAAUUGAAAGAUACCCCAUGCUGUGUUGAUUUAAAAAUCUGGAUUUGUUUCAAACAUUUUGUUUGGACUUUGGAGGGAGAAUGUAUUUUUAUUUACUCAAACCUAGAUAAAUAUUUACAGCCAAAUAGAUAAUGUCAACACUUUGCCUUAGUGUCAUAUGAGGGUGAUUUUUUUUUUGUCAGAGGAGUCUGAUUUUGUAUCCCUUCCAGUGAAAAUAAGACAAAAGAUGAAUUGUCCCCUCUAGAUUUCUGACAUCUAGUUUUAAGAACUUCUGUUUAUAAAUGUAUUUGUGAUCUUCUCACCAUUAUAAUUCUGACUGAAGGAUACAGGUUUUACCCGCCAGGCUGAUGCUUUGAAGCUAAUCCCGUUCAUAGCUUCAUCUCACUGUAUUUUUUAAAUAGAAUUUUUUUUUCAUUUCCACAGAUAUUGUAAUGUUGAAAUUGUGCCAGAUGGAAGGUGAUAAAGACUGGUCUGUUCAGGGCCUCAGUCCGGCGAGUGUAAGUUUGGAAUGCAGACCAUCCUUAAUGGAUGUUUUAUCAUGCUAUAUUUAAAUUAUUGUGAUUUUGUGAUAAGACUGAUCAAUCUUGUCUUUACUGCGUAACUACACUGCCAUGGAUGGAAAAGUAUCACCUUUGGGUAUACAAUUUGUAUUUCAUCUUUUUCUUAUUCAAUUGUGUUUUUUUUCCCCCUGAUAGUUAUUUAUGGUCAUCCUCUUGAAAAUAUUUCCGAUGAAUUCGUGUUUGUUUUGUGUAGUCCCCUUCCUAUUGUUAUUUUUAAUGCAAAGUGUUGCAUUUUCCUGUAAAAUAACUUACCUGUAUUGGAUACAUUAAUCCAGAAAUUGGCCAAGCCAUGUUCAAUUUGAUGAGGGGAGCAAUUCCAUUGUAGACUUAGUGUUGCUUGCUUUGAUUGUUCUUUGAGUAUUUGUAGUGUUUAACACUAAUGUCAAUUGUAUCAUUAUGAAGUCCUGUUCAUGGUUUGAUGAGGACCAUCCAUUUUAUAUUCUGACUUAAACAAUUUCUCACACGAUUUGAUUGCACUAACUUAAGCAUUGAUUACAUUGAUGAAUGGAUCCCAAUUCACCCAUAAUCAUCAAAAGCGUUUUCAAAUUAAUUCUCAAUUUCUGAAUUAAUAUACUGUUGUGUUCUCUGUUUGUGACUCAGUGUCUCAUUUUUGUUGGUUCAGGUGUGAGGAAACCACAUCUUUUGUACUUGUGAAUGGAUAGUCAAGCUGUGUAUGACUUCGUAUUCAGUUCUAUUGAGCUCAAACCAAAAGUGUGUUCAUUUUUUAAAACUAGUACCUGCUUCAAAGUGGAAUAAAUUUGUUCAUUUCAUUAGGUUUUCUUUGAGCAAGUCAUGAAUUUUACUUUUGUCUUUUUACUAUUAGUACUCAAUAGCUUUAAAUCAAAUUUUUGGAUGAAGUGAAUAGUGCUGUCUUGACACUUUUAAAUGUCAAUGCCUCUGUCAGUCAGUAAAGUCAUGUUUUAUCAUUUGUGAUCAUAUUACCUUUCUGUGGUGCAUGUUGCACAUGUACACCCAACUCAUGAACCUUCAAUCAUGCAACUUCACAUCAGUCUUUUAGUUCUAUCAGAGAUCCAUUCAGUCUUGGUUUUAAUCAUUAUUUCUGGCAGUUUUUAUUGUUUUUUGUUGGCUUUUUUUUGUUUUCUUUGUUUCUGGACAUUAAUUAUCCUCUCCCUUUCUGCGGAAAGAAACAAAACAGGUUCAUUUGUCUAGCUUGUGUCUCUCAUCGAAGUCUUGAACAUACUGUAUUGGACAAGUUUGGUUUUGUUAUGUAAUAUAGAUUUUGUUAGACUUUGUUCUUUUUUGGUUGUUUAUUCCCCUCCUUUUCACCCCCUAUCUCUUUAUUUCAUUUGGGAACCAGUGCAAGAUAUUCUAAUUAACAAAAACAUUUGUUGUUGUUUUUUUUUCUGCUCCAUUCAUGUUUACAAUCAACCAGUGGUAGACCUGCUCUUGGUUAGAGGCUGGACACAUGUCAACCAAAAUGUUACAGUGCACAGGAAAAGAAAAUGCAAUACAGAAUGACUUGUGAUAUAAUAGUGUUAUUUGUUACUUUUUCCCACCCCUCAAACUUUUAUAAUACUUAACUUAAAUUCUUUGUUAUUGAAUGUUUUGUGGGAUUAUAAUUGUCAUUCUUAACGAUAAAUACUUUGUGUGCUUACAAAUGCAUUUGGUUUGUUACAACUUCUAAUCUCGGGCAGCUUCUUCUAUUCUGUAUUUUUCCUAUUUGUCAGUAGAAUUGGAAUUCAUACUAAAUUUGUUGGUUGAAAUGUUAACAUUUCCAGGAGGCCUUGCCUGAGUAUUCUGUUAACUUGUGAUUGCACCAGCCACUUGAAUCAUCCUGGAACCAACUACUAUGUAGAUUAAAUUAACUUUUAAAUCAA